UGACUGACUAGUGACUGACUGCUGAAAGCUGAAUGUAUCUAGCUUUAACUUUAACUAUACAGCACUUACAAAGCUGGAUUUUGUUUAUUUUUUAAAUAUUCUAUUGGUUUCAUGUGGUUUGAACAUCCGAGACUAGUUUCGAGUAGGCCUAUUGAUACCAGUAAGAUUUUUAAAGAUACUUAACCAAGGGAACAUGGAGUUUCCUUCUGAAGAUCAGCUGGACUCAUCAAAAACUUCAAUCUCUGAAACAACUGACAUUCCCACAACUUCAACUUUACCCAUUUCACCUAAAAAACCGAUUCAGUUGGGGAUCGUACAAAGUUCAUCAGGUAGUCGACCAUUACCUGGUAAUCAAAGCUCAUCAAAAAAGAGUCGUUGGGAUCAAGCCCCAGAAGGUGGAGAGAAUGAAGUGGAAUCAAAAGAUACAAACGUUCAGUCAAAUAUCACAGAAGAGUCAAAUAUCAAAACACUAAUUAAAAAAUUUGAGGAUAUUUCUGGAAGUUCAAAGUUAGAGUCUAAUAAACCCACCGAUAGGACUACUGGUUUAAGUAGUAGUUCGGGUAGAGUUAAGUUAGUACGUACAAAUUUUACAAAACCAGAGAAUCCUUCGAAUCAAGCUGACGAAGCAAAAAAUAACCCUACAAUUAGUAAGCUUGAAGAAAUUGAUGGUAGUGUUAGUAAGACUAUUGAGACACAAGAAGUAGUUUCAGUUUCAUCUAGUAAAGCUUUGCAAAUUAUAAGUUCUACUUAUGAUUCUCCUUCAGAUGAAUCUUCCCAGGAAGCUGACCCUAUUUUAAGAAACGAAAAUCAAGCUAAGAUACCAUCUGAUAGUGCUUACGCUUCUCUUGAAAAACUGCCUCAUGAUGAUGAUAAAAAAGAACUAGAAGGUAACAUUGAAGAAAGGUUGGAGUCCACUCUUUGUUUAAACAAUGAGCCGGAAAGUAGUGAGAUAAAAAAUACAGAUGCAGAAGAGAACUUGUUUGAAGAAGAAGUUGCUGUUGCAGAUUCUGUUCCUACAGACACUGUUGAGAAUGUAAAGGAGAGUAAAGUAGAAGGUGACGAAUCUGAAGUUGCUGGAGAAACCUCAGAUGCAAUUGCUGUAGUUUCAAAUGACUUAUCUAAUCCAGAGCAAGACAAAGAAGACAAAAGUGGAAAAGAAUCUGUUGAAAAACAAGAAAGGAAAACCUGUAUAGGAUAUCUUGAUGAAAAACAAACUAUCAAUACUAUUUCCGAGGAAUUACAAGAUGUACAAACACAACUACAGACAAUUGAAAUUAAAGAAGUACUUGGUUCUGAUACAAAAACUGUUAAUAGUUCACAAAACUGCAGAAAAGACAGUGGAAUAAAUUUCACAGCACCAACCAUAAGUAAUGUAAAUGAAAUAGUUAAUACUGAUGUAAUUGAGAGUUCAACUGAAAAAGAUUCUGCUAUUGAAAUAGUUAGUCAUUCAAAAGAAGAAGACGAUUUUGUUUUUGUUUCACAUUCUGAUUUAGAAGGGUAUAAAGAAAACAAGGAAUCGGCUUUGUCAGAAAAAAACAGCCAUACAGAACCAGUUGAAUUAUCACACAUUAUUAAACCUCAAUCCGAUGAGCAAUCUAACCUUCAGUUAUCAAUUGAAUCCGAAGAAAAAGACAGCAAUCUUCUAGAAGGUAUAAAAAAGUCCCAAUCGCUCCAAGAAGCAGGUGAGAGUGAUGACCCUGUCAAAGAUGAUGUGAACUUAUCAAUUGUUGAGGCAGAACUCAGUACAGAAGACUCUGCUCAUGAUAAGGCAAACAUAGGUAAUAUCACUGAAGUGUACAAUGAUGGCGUAGAUGCCAAAAUGGAACAAAUGUUCUCAGAAAAUGUUGAUAUGAAUGAAGAUACUCCAGUUUUGAAAGACACUAUUGAAGAGGAAUUAACUCCCAUCACUGAUGAAUCAAUUAAGGAGAGUGAGGUUUUAAAAGACUCAAAGAAUGAUAACGAAAUCAAAGAAGAUGAGCCCAAGACGGAAUCGAGUGACAGUUUACUACUGAUGCUAGAAUCUGAAAUAUCUCCUGCAGAAAUUGGUAAUUAUGAAGAUCAUAACAGAUCAUUAGAUCUUGAGUCAAGUAGUGAAGUUGAUAGUGUGCUUUCCAAUGUCAAAGAAAUUAUGCCAGAACAAAGUGAUUCAGUAACUAAAGAACUCAACGUGACUGAAGACAAAGUCAAAGAACAAGUGAGUUGUGAUUCUGAAGAAGUUGAUAAUGUACUUUCUAAUGUCAAAGAAAUUGUGCCAGAACCAAGUGAUUCAGUGACUAAAGAACUCGAUGUGACUGACAAAGUCAAAGAACAAGUAACUUGUGAAUCUGAAGAAGUUGAUAAUGUACUUUCUAAUGUCAAAGAAAUUGUUCCGGAACAAAGUGAUUCAGUGACUAAAGAACUCGAUGUGACUGGCAAAGUCGAAGAACAAGUAACUUGUGAUUCUGCAGAAGAUGGUUCAAAAAAAUAUGUUGAUAAUGAAGAUACAUUUCCUCAACCUAAAAAGGUAAUUGAUCAUUCUAAUACAUCAAACAUUGACGAUGCUGAAAUAAUCUCAGAAGAUGAAUCAAGUAAUCAACUUUUUCAAGCUAAUACUGAUAUCAAAAAAUCAUCAGAAGCUGGCUCAGAUGGUGAUUGUGAACAAUCCAAAAUACUAAUUGAAGAGAUUGAAGAUGUUCAGUCUUCUUCUGACAUUAAAAAUGAAGAUUGUCCUCAAGUACUAGAGAAAGAACCUUCAGAAAAUCAUGCAAUGGUAGUCGAAGGUUGUACAGAUGUAUUAGGAAGUGAGAACCUUCCUGAGACUACUACUGAUGUAGUUAUUGAAGAUAUAGACUGUACUGGUAGUACUACAGACUCUCGCACAAUUGUGGAUAUUGACAGCAGUGAAAUGUUAGUUGCUACUAAUGAAAUAGAUAAUGAAAAUAAAUCAAAUUCAGUAAAAUACUUAGAGUCUGCAGAAACUACAACCAUCGCCAUUUUAACUGAAAACGAUGCAUUACAAAAAAUUGAUAACAUAAAAAUUACAAACUCGGAAGAUAAUAACACCCUGAUAAAUGAAUCGGAAGCUGAAGACAAGAAAUUCUCUGAAAUUGGUUUGAAAUACAAUGACUCAGAAAUACAUAAACCUAGUUUGAUCACUGAUUCUGAAAAUAAAGGCUCUGACCCUAAUGAUAAUCAGAAAUUGAAACCGGAAUCUGAUUUACCCACUGAUUCAAUAGAAAAAUCAUUGUUAAGUGGUUCUAAUGAUUCAGUGUCUGUUUCUCACCCCCCUGUUGAUUUGGCAACAACCUCAGGUAAGAAAGCUGGAUCAAUUGAAGUAAGCCAACAAGAAACAAUAGAACGCUCCAUAGAUAUGCUAUUUGAUGUAGGCCCACCGAGUGAUGACCAGCCAAUGAAACCCACCUCAUUGUCUUCUGUAUCAUUGACCCAAGAAGCAGUUUCAAGUGAAGAAAAGAAACAAUUUUCCGAAGAAAUCCAGAAAGAGAUGUUUAAUCUUUCCCCUGAGCAUAGUGUGCAAGUUGGAGUUGAAUCAAUGGAUACAACAGAUUCUGGUAAAAUUAAUCCUUCCAUAAAUGAAUCAGAUAGUGAAAAUGUAAUUCAUUCUGAAAGUAACAUUAGAAAAAAUAAUGAUGACUCUGAACUAUCUGAAGAGUUGAGCCCUGCUAAUGUUAAUAAAGUGAAUGAACUACCGCUUGAGUUAAAAGAGGAUAAAAAAACAGAAUUGACUCCUGAUGAUUCAGAUAUUGCCACUAUUCAAGCAAUCGAUUCUUUUCUUGAGGGAAAUGACACAGGAAUAAGUAAAAAAGACCCAGAGUCUUCUUGCGGUAUAGAAAAAUCGUCUAUUGAAAAUGUCACAAAACAAAAUGUAGUGAUGUCAGAAAAUGAAGACGAUUCAAUGAAUUUUGAAGGUUCUAGUUCUAUAAAUGAAAGAACAAAUGCAGAAGAUGUCAUGCUAGGUGUAGAAGGGGACUUGGAUUUAGACAAUAGUUUGACUUAUGAUAGUAAAAAGCUAGAUUUAUCUCCAUCAAGUGAGCAAUCAAUGUCCGGAGAAAAUUAUGACCUUCCUGGCGAUAGUUACAAUAAAGAAUCAUUAGAAAAGGAACAAGAAAAUAGCAAUUUACUGUCUGAUGCAUUAGAUGACAUAGAGGAAAGUACCAAAGAGUCUGUUUCAGACAAUCUUACCACUCCGAAAGAAACUGAAGCAAAGGAUCAAUCUUCACCUAAACCUACUCCAGUUAUUGAGGUCGGCAAUUCUGACAUAAAAGGGACGAGCCAAGCAGAUCAAAGAAACACGGAAACCUGUUUAAUUAAUAAUUUUAAGAAUAAAGAAUCACAAUUUUCAAUUGAAGCUAAUCGGGAAAUAGGAGAAUUGGCGAGUGAAACUCUCCAUGAGCAGAACUUACUAAUGUCUACAAGUAAUCUUGAUGAAAACAAAAAAUUAGAAGUAAAAUCUUGUGAUAUCAACAUUGACACAGAAUGCACUUCCUCCUUGGACAAGAAAGAAGAGUUAUUUAAAGAUGAGAGUGUAAGGUUAAAUACUAGUUUAACCAAAGAAGAUUUUACAGAAACCUCUAAUCUUCAUCAGGAGAAAGAUCUAAAACCAGAUGCUCUUGAAGAAGUUCCCCAUGCAGUUCUAAGUAAACCUACACCCCAAACCAUUGAAGGUGAGAAACUGGACAUUGAAAACUUAAUUCCAUCCUCCACUACAUCGGCAAACAAAAAUUUAGAUUGUAGGUCAAAUAAAGCUGACAGUUGUGAAAUUGAAGACCCCGCUAAAAAUACUAAUGAAGAGUCAAAAAUGGAGCCUAAUGAAGAAUUAUUGAAUGAAUCAAAAGUUCUCAUUUCAGGAAACAAGGUUAGUGUUUGCACAGCAAAACUCGACACAAAUAUUCAGUCAAAUAAACCUUGUGAUAACACUAUUGAUGAAAAUGUAACUAUGAAUCAACCAGUACAAAGUGACGCCUAUGGAGAAUCCCAAGAUCAAGACACGAUAGAUGAAUCUGUUGGUUUAAAAGUGCCAUAUCAAUCUUUAGAAGAUUCACAGCCAUCAGAAGCAAGCACUAACACUACAUCAAAGGAAGAGACAACCAUUCAUGUUGCUCCUGCAGAAAAACAGACUAUAGAGACAUUGGCAACUGUUAAGUCACCGAAGAAAAUUGCAGCUUAUGUUACUGAAUCUGUUGAAGAAGCUAGCUCAGAUUUUUCUAAAGAAGGAGGAGUAAAACUAAGUAGUGAAUCAAGCAAAGAAAAAAAUGAAAGUAGCUCUGCAGCAACUGUUAAAUCUGAAUCUUCUAAAGAAGCCAUUCCUCUGGAAACUGAUUCUUCUGAUUUAGUUAGUCAAGAAUCUGCUGAAGACCCAUCUGUUUCAGAACAAGAAUUAAAGCCAAAGUUAGUUACACCCAAAGAAAUUCCUCCACCUGUACGUGUAUCAGCAAGACAAAAACAAAGGCAGGCAGCAGCUGCAGCAGCCUUAGCAGCUAAAGAAAAAGCUGAACCAGAAAAAUCUCCUGGGCAAUAUGCUAUCAAGAGAUAUGGUCCCCAAGAAAAGCAAGGAGAUAAGCGACUUAAAAAAUCUCUAAGUCCAACUAAAGAACUAAGUAUAAAGAUAAGUGGAAAAACACUAGAAUCUGGUAAACAGUCUCCUCUGCCCUCUCAGAAAUCCCCCAAAAGUAAUGAAUCAAAAUUAAAUGUUCAAAUCUCACCUAAAAUAAUAUUUAAGGAAGUUCCCCAAGACAAGCUUGAACCUAUUACUUUAAAACUGUCAAAAGAAGAAAAUCCAGUUAUUGUAAGAUCAUCUUCACUUUCACCGAAGAAGAAUGUUUCUCCUCACUCUCCUCAAGGUAAAACAUUAGGUUAUACUAUGAAAAUUGGAAAAGAUUCUACAACUAUAAUACCUAAAGCAUCAACACCCUCACCGACUAGAAGAGAAUCUUCUCCCGGAUCAAGUAAUACUAAAGGUGACCUCUCCGGUAAAGUUGGAUAUCUAAUUAAAGACACUGGCUUGACAAUAACACCUGUUGCACCAGCUGAGUCGCAGGAACAAAAGUUAAAUAAAAUCACACUCAAGUUGUCAAAAGCAGGUGGGCACCCUGAAAUCAAACAAGAAAAUAAAAGUGAAACGUGGAAAGCAAUUAGAAAACUAGGGGAGAUAGAUAUAGUACCAGUAGAAGGAAAGAGCUCCUCCGAAACACCAAAACGAAAAGAAAGAAGUGAGGAAGGAAGUCCAGAAAAGAAAAUUAAGCUUGGAGAUGUGUCAGUUGAGCCUUCCACCAGUUCAGGAGUAAGUAAGCUUCAAGGCCUCCUGACGCAGGCACCUCUAAACCAGUCGGAUAGCUCUGAAGAGGGCAAGUUUAUAGGAUUUGGAUCUCCUACAGAAAAGCUUUCGCCAGCUCAACAAAGCUACGACAUCGGAAUGAUUAGACACGAUGACAGUCCUCAACCUCCCAGAAAACGAGGCAGACCAAGGAAGAUAACUUCACCGGAUGAUAUAGUUCAUUCAGUGUCUAUGCAGCACACUCUGCCUUCUGGAUUGACAGCAAAAGACAUUCUCGCUGCUAGUCUGCAGCAUCAGUCUCUACAGCAUCUACAUGCGAGUUAUCAACCCCAACAAAGUUACCAGUCUCCAGAAGAUAUGGACAGUUCCCAGCCAAUGGUGCCAUUGUUUGAUCUGUUUGAAGAAACCUUCAUGGAGCCAACUCCUCCAACUGUCUUCCCGGAUCAAGUACAGCCUUCGGCAGACAUCAUCAUGAGAUCUGCUCGUGGUCGACCGAUUGGAAGAUCAAGAAGACCUCGAGGAUCUGGUCCAAUGAGAGGACACGAACGUGGAGGCCCAAGAGGACGUCCAAGAGGAAGUCGUGGAAUAAAAAGAAUCCUGGAGGAAAUGGAAGCCAUGUCGUUCCCAGACCCUGAUCAACCGAUCACUCUGGACAACAUUGAUGCUGAGAUGGGACCGAGAAUGCCGGAGCAUGCUGCCUCUGAGCUGACUAUGGCAUUGCUCAGGAAAAGUAUUGAAGGCAAAAAAGAGUUUUCAGAAAAAAAGGCAAGACGGUCUGACGGUAGUGAGGAAGGAAACAGUGACCUUGAGGCUAAAGUCAGAGAGAUGAAGGAGAAAAUUGAAGCAGCUUAUCAGGCUGAGCUAAAAUCACCCGGGAAAGAAGGGAAGAAAAGGACACCUGAGAAAUCGGGACUGAUUAGUAAGAGUCCUCCAGGUCUUAUUCCUCUGUAUCAGAAGCAAGACGAGAGUGUAAGGAGGAAAUCUGCUGAUGGGAUGGAAGUUAAAAGAAAGUUGUCAGAAGAUAGGAGGGAAGACGAUCAACUCGGAUCAAAAAGAAAAUCAGUAGAUGGAAGUAAUGACUCUGCUGAAGGCAAUACAGAUGGAUCUUGUAAAGACGACUCUUUGAUGGAAGUGGAUCAGUCAGUUAUGUCAAUUGAAGAACCUAAUGAGGAAGAAGAAAUUAAGACAGAACCUGAACCUCCUCCUAAGCCUGUCAAGCCUAGGCCAAAGAGCAAAGCAGAAAUUAAGAGGAUAAAACGAGAAAAAGACAGGUUAAGAAGAGAAGCUAAAAAACUAGCAGCUUUGGAAGCGUUAAAAGCUCCUCCACCAAAUCCUAGUGAAGAAGACACAAGAAUGAGUGCAUCAGAUCCUACUGGUGAUGGACUUGAUCUCGACGGUUUCGGAAUCAAGAAAAAUAGAAUGGAAGUUGGGGACCCUGAAGGCAAGGAGUUCACGGUGGAACAGAUCGCUGAGUACCAGUGGCCGCUGCAGGGUGGGGAGCUGUACAUGAUACAAGAGCAGAUCUCUACUUGGCUCGGAGUGAAGAGUUUCCAACGCAAGUAUCCGGACCUCAAACGACGGAGGGUGGAGAUGGAAGAACGCACCUACUUGUGUGACAGCGGAUUGGUGUCUGAAUCAAUGUGUGACUUAGGUCUGACAGCAGUUAGUAGCUCUGAGGUGUUGGACAUCAUGUUCCAAGACUUCCCUGAUCAGUAUGAGGAGUUGCGCAAGUAUAUGCGGGAGAAACAAGCCAGGGAGGUUAUCCUGAAGCAGAAAGAGAGGAAGAAGUUUGAGCAGACGUUGUCCAAGUCUGAUCUGAAGGAACAUGCCAUUCAGUCCCUGGUCAGCUGGAACUCCAACCUGAACAGGAGCCGCAACGAGAGCCGCAAGUGUCACCUGGACCUACAGACCUGGACCAUACAGUAUCCCAAGAGCAAGGCGGCCAAGAUGACACGGCCAUCGGCCAAACUGGGCAGCUACCCUGUCGCCCUCAUACCUGGCCAGUACGCUGACUAUUACAAGCGAUACACUCCUCAAGAGCUGAGGUAUUUCCCAGUCAACACCGUGUUGUACGGUCCGCUACAGCCUAAUGAGAUGCACAGCACAGGCGGCUCGGACGGCAGCCAGUCAGAGAGUGAGGACAGCUCGUCCUCCGAAGGAACCAGCGACAGCUCGAGCGACGGAGAGGGGACGGAAGAGGAGGAGAAGGAGAAGGAAUGCAAAACUUGUGGUUCCAAGAAGACCAACGAGGCAAUGUUGCAAUGCUCGCAAUGUAGCCACAACAUUCAUGUAACGUGUGCGGAUUUGAACCCUCGCAUGCUGAAACACGUCCGCAAAUAUCAGUGGCAGUGCUCAGUCUGCAAAACUUGCCAACGUUGCAACAACGCCAAAAACGAAUCCAAGAUGCUGUUCUGCGACCUGUGUGAUCGAGGAUACCACAGCUACUGUGUGGGGCUGAGGAGGGUGCCGGCUGGAUCUUGGACUUGUGAACUCUGUACCACCAGUGAAGGGGCCUCUUAACAAGAAUUAAAACCCUCUCAUCCAAAGAUUCCUCUUGUAUGCAUUUUAAUAAGUUGGUCUUAUUAGUUAGAAAUAGAUAAUUACUAAAGCUUUUUCAAUUGUGAAUGUCUAUAUCAUAUUGUUUGUGAGAAUUAGUCUAUAUAUUUAUUUGACUGUCUAUGUAGUUUAUUCUUAGUAUGACAAAUUUUAUUCGGUAUGCAUUGUAAAUAAUUAUAAUAUAAGUUUUUUAUUGCACUAAGUAUUUAUA